AAAUUUUGGUUUUAGAUUGAUUGAUAAAUUCUGUUUUUUAUUCGUUUCCUUACGAUAACUCGACCAAAUUUUAUCAAAUUUUAAUAUGUUGUUUCUGAGGACAAUGUCAAAGUCAUGUUUAUUUUAACAAUUUCUGCUUAUGCUGUUCAAGAGUAAUGGCCCGUGAAUGCUUUAACAAUGACACUAUUAAACGUUGAAAAAAAACUGUUUGAUUUCGUUUUGAAACUCCUGUUCCUAUUGAUAAGAAAAAAAUAAGAAAAUAUUUUAUCCUCAUUAAAAGAAAAAAAAAAUCUAAAAUCCGUUGACCUUAAACAUAUUUUCAUCUACUAAAGGCGACAACAAGACUUGGUGGAUCACCGUUUCAACAGAAGUGUGCCGAUUUAAAGGUUGCAAGUUUGGACAGAGAGUCAUUGGAAGAUUUGAUGAUCAACCUUAGGCAAAUCAAUGAAGACAGAUUUAAGGAUCUUACUGACAAAGUUCUAAAUCUCACGACACACGUAGCAGCUAUAGUCGAUCCUGUGCCUAUGCACAAGAGAGUGAGAAUUAAGAAAAUUUUAUCAGACUGGCAAUCUUCAGAUGAAAAAUUUGUGGAAACAAAUAGUUCAAAACAACUGUACCAGUGCUUAAAGGAGAAUGGUUUUGUGACCGUUACCGGAAGUGCGGGGAUAGGAAAGUCCGUAACAGCAAGACAUGUGGCUCUUCAAAUGGUGCUUGAAGGCUAUGACGUAAUACCAGUUAAGUCUCCUAGUGAGAUUUUUGUUUCUAACAAAAAAACCUUGUAUAUAUAUGACGACAUUUGUGGCAGGUAUGAAGCUAUUCAGCAUGAAAUCGAAGAUUGGGAUAGACACAUUGACGUCAUUUUAGACUGUUAUUCUUUAUCACCAAUAAAAAUAUUGGCUAAUUGCCGACUGCAAGUUUAUCAAAGUCCUAAAUUCAAAACUCAAGACCUGUUAACUAAGUGUCAGUUUGAUAUGUCACUCGGAAAAAAUGCAACGAGUAUAGACGACAAAAGAAAAAUUGCUCAAAAAUACAUUCCUGUCAUGUAUACAAAACAAAUGUCCAUCGAAUAUAUAGAACAAUAUGAAUGUUUUCCUUUAUUAUGUAGCAUGGUUGCAAACUUUGAUGAGAGUAAGAUAAUGAAAUUUUUGGAAAACGGGCCUUAUGGCAUUUUUGAGAAAGAGUAUGAUAAAAUGAAGAACAUAGGUAGUGAAAUGAAUUACUGUGCUUUGGCAGUAACAACUAUUUUUAACAAUAAAUUAAACGAACAUUUAUUAAGUACUGAAAUAACAGACAAAGAAAGGGAAAUAUUCACAGAUAUCUUUGAAGCCUGUGGCCAAAAUACUUGCACGUCUCGAAUAUCUUUAAAAACGCAUCUUGAUUCCUUAAUAGGAUCAUUUAUUUCAAAAGAAGACAACGUUUAUAGUUUUCGUCAUGAAAAGCUUUUUGAUAUUAGCUGUCUUUAUUUUUCUAAGAAAUAUAUAAGCUGUAUGGUGAAAAAUUGUGCAAUUGUAUUGCUAUGCGAACGAUUUGAAUUAGAAUGUACCAGAAAAGAAGAUCAAGGUGGAGAUUUUAUAGUUCUACCAAAGAACCUUGAGGAGCUAUUCUUUGAUAGGUUGAUUCAUGAAGCAACAGACGAUUCUAUUUUAGAUAUAUUUGGAUGCAAACAAAUGGAAAAUGAUCAGUUUAGAGAACGAUUAUUACAUUCUCUAGAAACAAAAAAUGAAGAAUUGAUAUCGAAAGUAUUGCACAUGAACCAUUUUGGAAUAAACGUUUUUCAUUUAAUGUGUCAGUUAGGGUUUACAGAUAUCAUUUCAUUUUGCAUCAGUAAAAAUGUCGAUAUUGACUGUUACGACAAAAUUGGAAUGACACCUCUUCAUUAUGCCUGUAGAUAUGAAACUGAAGCGGUAGUUGAUUUUUUAAUUAAAGCAGAUGUUAAAAUUAACAUAUACACACGUCGUGGAUUCACACCCCUUUAUGAGGCUUGCAGGAAGCAAAAUAUAAAUAUCGUCGAAAAACUUCUUAAACAUGGAGCAUGUCCAAAUUUAUCUACUCAACGGUCUUCAAUUCCAUUAAUAGUAUCGACAGAGAAAGGUAAUCUUGAAAUUAUAAGAAUGCUAAUAAAACAUAAGGCAGAGAUAAAUAAACAAAGAAGAGAUGGACGAUCUGCCUUACAUUAUGCAUGUGGUGAUGGGCACAAGGAUGCAGCAGAUCUCCUUAUCACACAUGGUGCCGAUAUUGAUUUAAAAACGGAACACAAUGAAACUCCUUUGCAUCUUGCUUGCAUUGGACUUCAUAGUCCAAUUGUUGAUAUACUUAUUUCAGACACCACAGAUAUAUUUCAGCGUUCUACGAAAUCAAAUCUAUCAGCAUUUGCAACAAUCGUAGAGAAAAAUGAUAAAGAAAUUCUUAGAAAGCUUCUUAAAACGGUAUCAGAUAAAAAAUGUUUUACCAAGAAAUAGAAUUUGCAUGCACAACCAACAACGCACUUGUUCUUAAAGGGAUUUUAGAAUUAGGUAUCGAUGUUAAUACACGUUUAUCAAAGGGGGAUUCUGCUCUACAUAUCACAUGUAGGAACGGAUUUUAUUUGGGUGCCGAAAUGUUAAUAGGAACAGAGGCUAAUAUAAAUGAAUAUUCAUAUGACGGACUUACAACAAUGCAGCUUGCUUGCUUGAAACCAAACAAACAGCUUGUUGAUUUGCUAAUUUUAAACGGGGCUAGCGUUAAUAAUUGGCGCAAUGGAAGUGCAAUUCCACACCCACUCCAUAUAACAUGUAUAAUGAAAGAAGAAGAAAUGGCGAUAGCUCUUAUAAAUGGAAAUGCUGAUGUUAAUCAAAUUGCAGAACUUAAAAGAAACACUGUGUAUAAGUCAGAAAAAAGACAUUGUAUUACAAAUAUUUAUGACGAAGUCUACUCUCAUACAAGAUUGAUGAUAAGCCCGCUUGAAAUUGUGUGCAUCGGGAAAAUGUUAAAUCUUAAUCUUGUCGAAGUUCUUUUAAAAAACGGAGCAAAUUCGAAUAUCAAAAGUUUAAGCGGCAUAAAACCUUUACUUAUUGCAAGUUUUUAUAAAUAUGGGGAUUUGGUAAGACUUCUUUUGGACAAUAAAGCGGAUGUUAACGUUUGCGACAACAUUGAUAUUUUGUGUUUGUCUAACAUGCAAUAUACAGGAGAGGAAGACAUAAGCGAACUUUUAUCUUAUGGGAAUGUUUGUCUCAACAACACUAAAAUCACACCAUUACACGUAGCCAGCAUAAAUAAUUCGCAACUGAUUGUAAAUGACUUACUUCAAAACCGUGCAAGAAAUGACAUUGCGUGUCAUAUUUCGCCUUUCCUUUUCGCUAUUCAGAACGACCGUAGGAAUAUUCCAAGAGAUCGUUAGCAGAUUAUUGAGUUUUAUCGCAAUUACACGAAAAUUGAAGAUAUUCUUCCUCUCCAUGCUGCAUGUCUUUUAGGGUUUAGUACUAUUGCUGAAGUUUUAGUUCAGAAAACAUUGCCACAUGCUAGAGAAGCUGCUAUUUUAAUUCGCCCGUUCCAAGUAGCCUGCAUUAAAGGACAUAUUUACGAUAAAUGGCCUUAUAUUACCAAUAAUCCAUUUUCAUUAUCUGCUUUACAGAUUGCAUGUCUUGGGCAAUAUUGGGAUAUAUGUAAAAUAUUAAUACAGAACGGAGUUGCUGGAAAAUGCACAUUCGAGGUGUCAGACCUGUUGAUAGCUUCAUUUUUGGGUGACAAGAAAAAUAUAGAAUUAACUAUGUGCGACAAACGAAUCUAUGAAACAUCUGUCCUUCAUUUCGCUUACGAACACAAAGGAAUAGAAAUCGUAAAACAAUUGCUAGAUACCAAUACAGAAGAUACAAGUGGAUUUGCUGAUGAUUUAGAAACUUUGUUUUUCAUAGCCUGCUCAAAAGGCGACAUUGAAACAGUUUCUUACAUUUGUAGUAUUAUACAUAACUUAAAUAUCAAUGAUUACGUCGAUGCAACACCAUUGCAUUCUGCUUGUGAAAAUGGUAAUGUUGAAAUUGUUGAAUUCCUCUUAUCACAUAAUGCAUAUGUAGAUCCUAUUUCCAUAGAAAAUGAAACUCCUCUUCAUAUAGCAUGCAAAAAAGGUCUAAACGAUGUUGUGAGGACAUUGCUUAACAGAGGAGCAAAGCCGUUUUUAACUAAUAAACAUGGAGAAAAUGUUUAUCAUUUAGUGUCAAAGUAUAACUUUAUAGACUGUGCACGAAGUGUAUUCGAAUUUAGAAAAAAAUAUUUGACAAAUACAGAUGCUGAACACAGUGUAAAUAGUCGUACAGUUGACGGAAAAAAUGCUUUGUACUUCUCAUAUGAAAAUAAAAAUAAGAAUAUGAUGAAACUUAUUCUAAGUUUUGGUGCUAAUGUAGAUGAAAUAUAUGAUGAUAACGAAGAUAUAUUACUGUUGAAAGCUUGCAGAGAGGACAGACUAGAAUUAGUAGAAGUAUUACUUGAAUAUUCAUCUGCAGUCAAUCGAAAAACUAUUGAUGGCAAAGAUGCCUUGUAUCUCUCUUAUAUAAACCAGAAUAAAAUUUUGAUGAAACGUCUUCUCAGGUGCGGAGCAACUAUUAAUAAUAAAUAUGGGACAGAAGGGGAAACAUUACUUUUCAAAGCUUGCAGCCAAGGUUAUUUGGAAAUUGUAAAAAUAUUACUAGAGGAAUGCUGUUAUGUCAAUGCAAAAAAUAACAACGGAGAGACUGCUCUUUGUAUUGCAUGUCAGCGCAAUGAAAAUGCAAUUACUACCUUAUUGAUACAAUACGGUGCUGACAUAAACAAACAAUCGUAUGAAGGAUUGUGUCCCCUUUAUUUUGCAUGUAUUCAAGAAAACGAAAACAUAGCAGAUUUGUUGUUGCAGAACAAUGCUUAUACCGAUAUAAUGUUUUCUGAUUCUCAAAGUAUGCUUAUGAAAUGUUGCACGAACAAAUUUUACGGCAUUGUUGAUCUUUUAUUAAAGCAUGGAGCAGAUGUGAAUAUUUGUCAUUAUGCCGGAGAAACUGCUUUGUAUAAUGCAUUUCAAAUGGGAGAUGCUAAGUUAAUGCUAAUUUUGCUGAAUUAUGAUGCUGACUGGAAUAUAUGUUCUCAUGAAAAAGAACAGUUUCUAUUUGAGGCUUGUGAGAGAGGCUUAGAAGAAAUCGUAGAAAUAAUUUUACAGCGGGAUCCAAAUAUCAACGUCAAUGCAAUCCUGUUUGAUAAUAAAACGCCGUUAUAUGCGUGUUAUAAUGCAAUAUCAGAUACCACUUCACCUCAGUAUAAGAUAUACAUAUCAAUAGGAUCUUUACUUAGACGUCAUGGGGCAAAUUUAUUCACAUUAACAAAAGCAAAUGAUACACCUUUUCAUCAAUUAUGCAUGAAAUGUUCACUUGGCGACAUAAAAGAAGUGUUAGAUAGCUGUGUGGUUGAAAGAAACGUUUUAGAAGAAGUAUUCCAAUAUGCCUGUUCUCAGAACCACCAGGAUAUAGCAAUUCUAUUGUUGGACUUCUGUAGACAACCAUUCAAAUCAGAUACUAGUAACAUAUUUAUAGCAGCUGGAAAUAAAAAUAAUAAUAUCACUGAAAUGCUUCUUUCUUUACAACUGGAUGUAAAUUUGUCGGAUACAACCGGCAAAACAGCUCUUCACUUUGCUUGUUCGAACGGAAAUAACUACAUUGUAGAAAAACUUUUACAAUCUCGCAACACAGAUAUUGAAAUUCAGGCAAAUAAUGGUUAUACUGCAUUACAUUUUGCAUGCUUUCAUGGACACAUUAGAGUCAUAAAAAUGCUAAUAGAAAGAGGAGCUAACAUACACAGACGUACAUAUUCCGAUGAAACAGUAGUUGAACUGGCAUUUUCCCAAUUACGGGGAAACGUUAUUACUUGUUUGUUAGAUUUGAAUAUAUUUGAGACUUUACAACAGUGUAAGGAAAAAAUGCAAUUCUUUUUGAAAACAUAUUGCUCUUCGAAUAGCAUGAAAAAAACAUUAAGGCGAAUACUCACUUUAAUGAACCCUAGUUCGUACAUUGAUACCAUUGAUUACCCUCUGCACUUUGCUUGCAGGAAAGGCGAUGGUGAACUUAUUGAUCAAUUGCUUGAAAACAGAUCAAGUGUAGACUGUAUAUCAUUUUACGGGGAGACCCCUCUCAUAAUUUGCAUAAGUAACAAUGAUUUACAAAAUGUAAAACUAUUAUUGGAAAAGGGAGCGUCGGUUAAUAAAUUGGCGAAUAUAUCCGAAUAUGGAAUCGAUCAACUUUUCGGAAACACAAGUAUUUAUAUGUUGAAAGAUGUGACUCCAAUCUCUUUGGCCUGCUUUUUGGAAAAUCUUCCCCUAAUUCAACUUCUGAUUGAUCAUAAUGCUAAAAUCAAUACAACAGUCCAUAUUUGCUAUUGCAAUACGAAAGAUUGUCCUUCUAAAUGUGAAAUAAUGACACCUCUGUUUAUAUCUGUUAUACAAAACAAUUUACAUUCAGUGCACCUUUUAGUUGAAAGUAUGCUGGAUUCCGGUCUAAACGAUCUCAAUUGUAUACUUAUUGGCUCACUCUACAACAACAGUAAUUUAACGGAAGAAAACUGUCAUAAAUGUGACAGGCUAGUUCUCACACCGUUCCAAGCAGCUUGUUUCAAUGACCGGACAGAAAUAGCGUCGUAUUUUGCUCAAACCAACCAGGUAGAUGUAAACCUAGCUUUCAAAAUAUCUCCUGUGUUAUUAUCUUUGUAUUUUCAGUAUCCAGACAUGAUGAUACGUGUGAUAGAUAAAAAUGGAUUGGUAAACAAAAAUUUUGAAACUGAAGUUACUCCAUUAAUUUUCUCAGCUCUUGUUGGAAAUUUCAGAUUGAUGGACAUCCUGCUAGAGAAUUCUGGAAAUCAUGAAUGCUAUGCUACAAUAUCUGUUUUGCUAAUUGCUGCACUAAGUGAAGAUGUUCUCCGUAUAUUUGACUGUUAUUCUGGUGAUUAUUUUGUUUACUCAGAAUGUACUGUAAAUCCACUAGCGAUAUGCCUCUUGCAGAAAAAUAUGGAAAUGGCUUCUUUAUUGUUAAAUGAAUAUGCAAGUACUUCCUGUAUUUCAGAAAUGGAUGCUUCACAUGUUAUUUGCUUUAGAAAACAAACAGAACAUUUACGUCUUAUUUAUGAAAGCCGAUUAAAUCUCCGUAGAAAAUUCAAUAUUCAGAUGUGGCAUUUGCUUAUAAUGGAAGACGAUCAAAGUGUGUAUUAUAUAUAUAUCUCUAAUAAUAUAAGUGCUUUAAAUCCAACUUAUUUGUGUGUAACAUUAAUAGAGCUUUCAUGUUUCCUCCGCGAUAGUGCUUUAUUAAGGCUUCUGCUUAAGUCCGAAUAUACACUUGAUGGUGUAAUGGAAAUUUCCCCGUUACUAUUAUCCUUAUUAUUUAUGAAUAAGCCUAUCGUUUUAUCUAAUGCACAGCUUCAAUUAUUAGACACAAACUCAUAUGGCAGCUCUUCGAGGUUAUGUAAAUCUGCUUGGAUGGUUAUAGCAAUAAUUUCAAAUGAGCAUGCGUUAGAUAUUCUAACUGUUAGAUUGACAGAAGACUCCUUUCAGAUAAAAAAUUCUGCAGAUUUGGGUUUAGCCAUGUUAGUUGUCUUUUAUAUGCACCAUGAUCUUGUUGAAAAAAAUUUGUACGACAUGAAAUAUCUAUCAACAACAGAUGUUCUCUGUAAAGUCAGUUUAGCUGAAAUAAAUGCCAUUGAACUUCUUUUUAAUGAUAACGAAGAUGAAAACAUUUAUAACAAUGAAAUAGAAUACCAGGGUUUGAAAAACAUUCAUAACAAUGUAAUAGAAUUCCAGGGUAUGAAACUGGAUAGAUUCAAGAUAAAUCUAGCAUACUUAACAUUGCUACGGAAUAAAAAAUUAAAAUGUUUACCGGUACAGGCGUAUAAUGGGUCAAUCAAUUCUUUACCGUUUUUGGCAGUUGAAAUGUUUUAUUUGAUACAACAACGAAUACCAAAAUGUUUGUUAUCAGUAAAUCAAAUUUCUGAUGAAAAAAUACUUAUCACACAACUUAUGGUGGCUUGCUUGCUUGAUAAUCAAUCUAAUGUGAAUUUUUUAUGUUAUAUGGGAAAAAGCGUUCAACGUAAUGAAAUGUCGUUUUGGCAUCUGGCAAGUAUACACAAAGUGAAACUUUGGGAUUCAUGUCCAACAGUUUGUGAAAUUGCUUGCAAUAGCAAUUUAAAAGCAACCUUUAAUGAGCUACAUGUAUCCUGUAUGAAAGAAAAGAUGACAAUUGUGAAAUAUCUUUUAAAAAAUAAUUGUGACGUGAAUGCUUCAGCUUGUCUGACACCGUUCCAUAUGUUCCCUAUCAUACUCAGUCAUCACUUUUAUUUAGAACAUUCCCAUUUAAUAGACAAGUUCAUUGAUAUUAUUGAUUCACUGAAGAGUUCAAGAAACAACAUGGAGUGUUUAGUUUUACCCGUGGAGUUUAAUGCCAUUCAUUUAGUGAUGUUUUCAGACGAUAUAGAAUAUAUGAAAUUAUUGAUUCAAAAGAGGUGUAAUCUGAAUGCAGUAGCAAAAUUACCAACCUUAUCCUUAUAUCUACUUCAUUUCUUUGAAGAUGAUUCAUUAAUAUCGUUAAACACAGUAAAUGCCAUAUCAGAGGUGACGGCAAUACAUAUCGCCUGCAUUUUAGACAAAAGUGAUUUCGUUGAGUUUCUUUUAUUAAACAAAAGUAAUAUAAACUCAUACGGAUCAAUUCAUCCGCUGCAUUUAAAUGCAUUUCACUGCGAGGAUAUUUUGGAAUUGAUAACUGACAAAUCGUUUUUUACGUUGACAGUCUUUCAUACUGCUAUUUUGCGUCGAAACACAUAUAUAGCAGAAAUUCUUAUUGAAAACGGCACAAACUUUGAAAUGACUGCAUCAUUAUAUUUGGAACUGUACAUAAAAAAUGACAAACACAUCUCUACUCAGUCGUUAGUUAAAUCGCUGCACUUGGCGUAUUUAUUUGGAAAUGAACAUAUUUUCAGGACAAUUCUGUCUAAAACUUUACCCAUGAAUAUAAAUGAGAAAGUGUCUUUAUCAGCAUGGCAUUUAUUUGACAAUGACUCAAUUCACGACAUGACUUCACAUUAUACAUCCAGGGGAGAUAUCCAAUUGACACUGAACAUUCUUCACAUAGCUUGCAUUACUGGGGAUAGUUUUUAUGCAAAUGUUUUGAUCAAUGAAGAUGCUAAUGUAAAUUUAGAAGCAGAAAUGUGUACAACCGAUUUUACAGGAAAUGAAAUUAUAAUUACAAAAUGCCCCCUGCAUUUUGCAGCGGAGAUAGGAAGUUUGGGCUUAUGUAAGAUAUUAAUAGAGCGUGGGGCCAAACUGGAUGUCAAAACUAAUAUAAUAGGAUUUCAGCCAUGGCAUUUGGCGUUAUAUCAUGGAUAUGAUGAGGUAGUGUAUUUCCUUCUUACACAUUGUCGAAUAACAAAUUUUGAUAGGAAACAAUUUUUGUUAGUUUUUAUUUUAUUCCUACUACGCAAAAAUUUCAGUAAAAUUAUUCUUCCAUUUAUAGCAAAAUCAAAAAGCUUUCUUAUACUUUUAUCAUUCUAUAAAUAUUUAAUGAAUGUACUUGGAUUUACUGGUGAUCCUAAUUUUCACUCAAGAAGGAUAACCAGUUCAGAAUAUAUUUCACUUACAACAAUUGACAAUGAAUCGCUAUAUGAAGAGUUAAUGAGUGUAUAUGAAACAAUAGACACAAGCGACAGUUUUGAUUCGAGCGAUAUUGAUUAUGAUUAUCAUUAAGACGCAUGGAGCGUUUGGCGUGCCAAAUUAUAAACCAUUUAUCGUUUAUGAGUUUUCAAUUAUACCUCUGUAAACUUUGGAUAACAAGAUGCAAUUAUGUCAAACUGUACACUGAUAUUCGAAAGAAGUUCAUAGUUGAAAAAUCUUUGAGAAAUACAAUCAUAUUCAUAUAAGAUUUAUUAAACAAUGAACAAUAUAAUCGCGAUGAAUUUGAAUAUGAAAAUGUGUUAAUUGAUAAUCAGAUAGUUAUUGUGAAUUAGUACAAUGUAGUGCAUAUGUUAAUGGAAUGGUCCCCUCAAGUACAAAUUCAAACAGUUUGAUGUGCAUUAAGGUAGAUAGGGUGUCUUCCUCCAUCUUGGAUUUUGAAAUACCAGAAAAUAAUCGGUCUAGACCUUUAACAAAAUGUGCAAAUUAUUAGAGUAGUGGGUAAUUCAUGUGUAAGAAUUUUCAUUUUAAUAUAGAAAAUGACAUGUUUUAUUAUAUUUAUGGUUGUAUUUUACAAAAAACAGAAUACUUUUGUUUGAUUCAAUUUUUUCCAACUUUGCCACAUAAGGGGAGGCAACUCAAAUGUAAGGGCAGAUAAUUCAGAUAAAGUUACUUUUACAAUAGAAUGUGUUAGGAAUUUUAUCUAUUUUAUUAUGUAGCAAGAAAACGGGCCCGGUGGCCCCAUUUUUUCUUUUUCCUAUCUGAAAGUAUAAUAUUAGAGCUAUCUUCUCAUAUUUUAUCUCAAAAUUCUAUGGUGUAGGUUUCGUUUUAUGGCAGAAAAUUGCGUUUUCCAUGCAUAAUCUAUACAAAAUCUGUCAAUUUUGCACAACCUGUAGCGUGAAAAUAAGCCCCGUGACCCAUUCUUUUUAUUAUUUUUUUCAAAAAAGCAUGAUAUUAACUACAUUUUGACAAAUUAUUAAAAAAUUCUAUAGAUCAUAAUUUAGACACCCCAUUUACCUUGAGCGCCUAGUUGAAAAUUCAAAAUUAAAUGUGAUAAAAUUAUUUUUUUUGCACUUAAAGAAUAAGGUAAUUAUAAAAUAAUUAUUUACGUUGAGAUAGUUAUCUUUUAUGUUCCCUUUGAUUAACCAUUACACUGUGUCAUACAACUACAGAUGAUUUUAUAUCUCCAAGUUGAUUUCAUUAGAAUUUUAAAUAAAGGAGCAGCGUUUAACUUUCAUAUGAUUUCGCAUAGCAAGGUUUUCCAAGGUACAGUCCUACGCUUUAUUGUACAAAUGUUAGGGGUAUUCGUCAUGAGACAGCAACCAUCUAUUUCCCCCCUGAGUCUGGAAGAGUUUUGAUUGAAUAACAGAGGCCAUAUUUUACAUAAACAGCAAAGUUUCAAAAUAAUUAAAAAAAAAACAUAAUUAAA